UCAAAAAAAUACUCAGGGUCUCUGAAUGAAUAGUAUCUGCAGGCAUACAGACCACUGCACAAUGGAUCUCGCAGCCCAACUGGACCAGUGUCGUGCACUCAUCCAUCGUCUACGUAGUAGUUUCGAUCCUUCGGGGGUGAAAGAGGAAUGGCAGGCUGCGCGUUCAGUUACGGGACCCCCAUUGACCAAGUGCCACGCGUGCAGCCGGCACGGCCUGAGCCGUACAAGCGCCGACGCGUGCAGCCUGCGCGCCUGCCACCGCGCCCUGCCACACCACUGUACUGUACAUCGCGAAGUUAUACUGGUCGGGCCGUCGUUUCCCCGGAAACCGGGGCGCGCAUCCUCGCCAUCUAUAUAGCCCGCCACGCACAGCCAAGCGAGACACUCAAAGCUUCCAUCGCCGAUCUUCAGGGACCGAACGAAACGACAUGGUGGCCACGAUCGAGGACCUGCACGCGGACGUGCUGGCCUGCGCGCUGCGCCGCCUGGACGGGCGCUCGCUGGCCGCCGCGAGCUGCGCCACGGCGGGGCUCCGCGCGCUCGCCGCGGACCCGGACACGUGGCGCGCGCUCUGCCUCGCCGAGUGGCCGUCCCUCGCGGCCCAGCACUGGCUCCUCUCAGCGGUGCCGCCGCGCCGCCUCUUCGCCGACGCGUCCCCUUUCCCUUGCCCGGACGCCGGGGAGCCCGGCGCCGGCGGCCUCCCCGCGAGGCUCGUCUCCGCGGUGGACGUGUACUGCAGGGGCGCGCCCGUGCUGUCCCGCGUGGCGGAGACGCCCGCGUCGUCGCCGUGGUUCCUCAGCUCGCCGUUCCGCGUCGACGCCGUGGACUGCAAGAAGCCGGCGCCGGUGGCGGCGGCGUUCUCUCCGGCGGAGCUCGAGCUGAGCUGGGUGGUCGUCGACCCCGCCCGCGGCCGGGCGGUGAACGUGUCGAGCAGGCGGGCGGUGGCCCUGGGCCGGCACUGGUACACCGGCGAGACGCUGGUGUGGUUCGCGGUGGUGCUGGGCGGGUGCAACUUCGAGACCACCGUGGCCUGCUCCGAGGAGGCCGGGCACGUCAGCGAGGUCAGCCUCGCCGUGGAGAACGCCGACGGCGCGGCGGUGAGCGGCGAGGGCGCCCUCCGGCUUCUGGCCUCGGCAAUGGAGGGGCCGAGAAGGGGAGGCGAGAGAGAGCGGGAGGAGGCCAAGGCGAGGUACGAGGUGUUCGUCAAGAGCAAGAAGGGGAGCAAGGCGCGAAGAGAGGUGCUCGUUGACCUGUGCUGCUCCGCCGCCAGCGCCGUCGCCGUGAUGGCCUUCUUUGCCACCGUCGUGCUCCGGUAACAAGUUCUUUUUGCCACCGACGGGCGGAUCCAGCAAUGAGUUCAUUCAUGCAUGAUGAUGUAGGUGCACAGUAAGCAUCAUGCGUGAAAUGAAUUGUUUCGUGUAAGAUUCCUAUAUGGCAUUUCUGCGCUCCAAAUAAGACGGCAUCAAGCAAGAACUAACGUAUCCCGCAAAAAAAAAGAACAAGAACUAACGUGUAUUUACAUCUUCUCCCUGGCAGCUAGAGUGUUACAUCCAUUCGAGUGACAAACUUUUCCUCCUAAUAAAUUUAGGUGAAAAUGACAGAGAAGUGGAGAGACAGAAAAAUCUGCCAUGCAAUGUGUGACAUUCAAAUGACACAGUUCUCCCUCCUUAGGUAUGGGGGGAAAAGUAUCUACCACUGAGUGCAUUGGCAGCCACAGUACGCAAGUACGAUCAAAAUCUACUGUUCCCCCACCUACAGCAAUUAAUGAAGUUUCUUUGAAGUACUCCUGCUAAGUAGGAACAG